UUUUUGUAGGGAUUUGGGAGGAAGGGUUUGCUGGAGAUUUGCAACCAGUUGAGUUUUUUUUUGCUUCCCUGUUGUUCUGCAGUGGGUUUGGCGUCUCUGGGAUCCCCAUUGUCCUUCACCCCAAACCCCCUAAUUUUCCCUACAACCCCAACCUCUUUUGGAGCUGGGCUUUGCAGCCUGUGGGGUGGGAAAACAGCACGGAAAGGAGAGGAGCUGGCAGUGAAUUUGGGGGGGUUGAUGUCCUGACAGUGUGGCAGUGUCCCCUGGCUGGGGACAGGGAGAACAGGGUGGCUUUUCUUUGCCGUGCUGAUCAGCAUUCAGCUGGGGACACGGAGCACAGCUGGGAGGAUGCUCCCACGGAUCCGGGGUGACUUCCUCACUCGAGGGGGGGCUGAGCCUGCUGUCCCCUGCCAUGCCACAUCCCCUGCGGGGUCACGUCCCUCCUGCAGCCCCAUUUCUGUUUUCUUGGCUUUCUUUCCCUUUGUGCGCCCCAAAUGCAGAGUGAUGUCCCCAAGGUUUUGUCCCUGACAAAGCCCAAGCCGUGGUCAGGGACAGCAUCACUGCACUGCUGGGCUGGAGCAGGGAGGAUGCUCUGGAAAAAGGAGUUUUUUUCAUCUUUUUAUUGCCUGAGAAGUGCCAGGAGAAAACCUUGGAUUAUUAGAAGACAGCAGAGGAGAUGAAAGAACUUUUAUUAUCUUGGAAGCCGAGUCAUUUUAAGCAGCUCAGAAGUACAAACUGCCCUUUUUCAAGGAAAUCUUUGCCUGUGUAGGUGCAAACACCCAAAUUUUUCCCCUUUAAUCCUCAAACCUUCCCAAGAGCAGAAUGGAUGGAGCAAAAGGCCGGGAUUUUAUGAACAGCGUGGCUCUUUCAACACUUGCUGCUAGGGAAGGCCGGGUUCCUCUGCUGGAGUUUCACCCUGGGAGGGGCCUUUCCUCACCCAAAUUUUGAGAUUAAACCCCUUUUUAUGGCAGGAUUGGGGCACUUUCCCCCAUGGCUGUGGCCAGGAGGAUCCGUGGGACCCAUCCCAUCCUAUCCCAGCCUGACCCGCUCAGCCCGGCCGGCUCUGCCCAGAUAAACACUGACUCAUGUUUUUCUGUCCCACCCUGGGCACAGCAGCUUUUUUAAGGCUGCCUUUUCCAGCUAUUCCCUUUUUCCUGUGCUGUUCACACGGGUGGAGUGCAGCCUCAGCCUCAGGGAUGCAGGGACAGGCUGGGGAUGCCGGAGGCUGCCGGGUGUGGGGGUCCCGGAUCCGUGAUGGAGAACUGGGAUGUGCCUGAGUGGAUGCAGGUAGGGAUUAAGCUUCCCACUGCCCUUGGAGCAGAGCUCUGUGCCUCAGUUUCCCCCGUGGUUGUGCCUCAUCUUUUUGCCCUGGGGGUCUCCAGGUGCUGGGGGAGGUUUGGGAGAAUUUCCAGCCCUUGAUCCUCCCAUGGCAUCCCACAUCUCUGUGUCCUCCCCAUCCUGCUGGAGCGGGACAGAGGGGUCAGGGGUGGUGGCAGAGCUGGAAUCAGCCAGGAGCAGCUUUUUGGGAGGUUGGAGUUUGGGGGUUGGAGAUCUGAACUCCCCCUCGAUGGGCUGGUGGUGGAUUUCCACCGAGGAACGGGGCUUGAUCCCGGGUGUCCCGGGUGGGAGUGGGAUGCUGAGCAGCCUCAUCCCUGUGGCAUCUGUUGCCAUGGCAAUCACCUGCCAAAACAAAGGGGAAUUGGAGCUGGGUACCCGGAGCUGCUUUCCCAUUUGGUGCCUCGUUCCCUGAGAUUCCUGGGAGCUGGAUCCCUGCAGGGAUGUAACCCUGGGCUGGGAACACGUGGGUGACAGAGGGAUGGAUGGGGUGGCCUCGGGUGCCAGCUUGGGAUGGGGUAGAUGCCUUGGAAUUCUUAGGGAUGCUCGAGCUCAGCCAGAGCUGUGAACCCCCACGGAACAGGGACCAGCGCCUGGUACCUGUCCCCGGGGACAUCCCUGCCCUGCAGGGACACCCGGGGCUCUGGUGCCAGCAGCUCCAGAGGGACGUGGAGCUCCUGUUUUACCCCGAGCCCUUCCCGAACAUCUGCCGGCAAUUCCCCCUCUCUCCCGGGAAGCUGUGCCGGAGCUGCCCGCGCCUCCCACGGCCGGAGGAAGCGGGGUUGGGGUUUGGGGUGCGCUGGGAGCUCGGAAACCGCCGGUGGGAAGAGGAGAGGGAAGGGCUCCAAGGGAGGAAAGGCAGAGGAGGCGGGCACGGACCCGGCUGUUCCCCGGGCUUUGUUUGAUCUAUCCGGGGACAAGAAUUUUCUAGGGGGGACAAGCACCGACCCAAAGGCUCCCCCACUUUCCCCAGUGCUGCAGAGCCAGCCCUGGCAGGUCCCAGACGGAUUUAUUUCAUGUUUUACAUCAAAGCGUGAUGCACUUUGACAGCUCAGGCAGGAUCUGAUGUACUCAAAAGCUGCUCUGCUGGUUUGAUUUAAUUUAAUUUGAUUUGAUUUGAUUUGAUUAGGUUCUAUCAGUUCUCCUCAACCUGUCGCAGUGCCUCCAGUAAAAGCCUGGCCGGAGGGGGCAGGAGGCGGUGCUGGCAGCCUGCCCAUCCCUAUAAACUCCUGGAGCGGGCUCUGGCACCGCCCUGCCCGCUGGCACCGCUGGCAUCGCUGCCCGAGCAUCCCCUGCCCUCCCCGCGUCCCGAUCCCACCGCCUGUCCCCGCUCACAUCCGUCCCCCGCCCGUUUGCUUGGCCAGGACAGAGGGUUUUUUUCGCCCAGAAAAAGCUGGAUUUGAACAUUUUCUGCUGUUCUCUCGAUUUCCUGUUGCCUUCCCAAGAACAACAUCCCUGACCUCAUCCUCCCCCGGUAUGUGGCGGGAUGCUGCCGGUGCUCCAGCCGCCCGUCGGGGAUCCCACCCGGCCUUCCCUGGGUACCAAGACAAACACAGCUGCGGCAGUGACGGAGAAAAGGCUAUUUUGGGUAAAUCCUCUGCUCAUUUUUGUUGAGCUCCUGCCUUAGGCCGGAGUGGAGGGAGCUGCCGUCGUGCCCUGGGACGCUGAAGUGUCACCUGAACCCCAUCCCGACAGAGAGGAGAGAGCAGGGGAACAUCCCUGGCUGCAGAUCCCGGUGUCCCAGAUCCCCGGGAUCCCAGGGAUUCGCACGGGCCAUGGCGUUUCCCAACCAGUCCGACUACUUGGAUGGCCUCAAUAACAACUACAGCGACUACUCGGAUUAUUCCUACGAGGACACCGGCAGCACGCGGGCAGACCCAGGCCACGACCCCGAGGACAUCACCAGGGUCCUGUCCGUCAUCAUCUACAGCGUGUCCUGCGUGCUGGGCAUCCUGGGCAACGGCCUCGUGAUCGCCAUCAUCACCCUGAAGAUGAAGAAGUCGGUCAACGCCGUCUGGUUUCUCAACCUGGCCGUGGCCGACUUCCUCUUCAACAUCUUCCUGCCCAUCAACAUCGCCUACACGGCCAUGGGCUACCACUGGAUCUUCGGCACGGCCAUGUGCAAGCUGAACUCCUUCCUCCUCAUCCUCAACAUGUACACGAGCGUCCUGCUGCUCACCACCAUCAGCUUCGACCGCUACGUGUCCGUGGUGUUCCCGGUGUGGUCGCAGAACCACCGCUCCACCAACCUGGCCUACGGGGUUUGUGUGGUCAUCUGGAGCGUGGGCGUCGUCAUGAGCUGCCCCUCGCUCGUCUUCCGGGACACGAUGCAGAUCCGCGACUCCGUGAUUUGUUUCAGCAACUUCUCCCUCUCCUGGAAUAAAUCCUACAAAGGGCUGUCGGUGAUGAGGCACCGCACCGUGAACAUCACCAGGUUCCUGGCCGGGUACAUCCUCCCCAUCACCAUCAUCACCUUCUGCUACGUCGCCAUCGUCUUCAACCUGCGCCGGAACCGCCUGGCGAAGUCCAAGAAGCCCUUCAAGAUUAUUGUCACCAUCAUUGUCACCUUCUUCCUCUGCUGGAGUCCCUACCACCUGCUGAACCUGCUGGAGACGGUGCCCGACGCAGUGCCCCGCUCUGUGUUUGAGAUCUUCAUCCCGCUCACCACGGCUCUGGCAGCCUCCAACAGCUGCAUGAACCCCGUCCUCUACGUCUUCAUGGGCCAGGACUUCAAGAAGUUCAAGGUGACCCUCCUUUCCAGGCUGGUGAACGCCCUCAGCGAGGAGACAGGACACUCCAGCAUCGUGCACAGGAGCUUCUCCAAGGUCUCCUCCAUGACUGAGAAAGAGACAACGGUUGUCUAAACUCAGCCUGCAGGAGGGACAGGAUCCCGUGGUGUUGGCACGGUGACGGUGACUGGCCUGGUUGUGGGUCAAGCAUUGUCCAGCACUGUCCUACAGCCCAUUUUUGACUGGUGUUGCUGCCUGGGGGCUGGCAGGGGAAGGAGACCCCCAAAGUAUGGAGAAGACACAACCAGCCUUGAUCCCGUGUGGGAUUGCAAAAAUCCUUGUGCCGAUCUAAGAAGACAUUUUUGGGUGUCCCCAUCCAAACUGCAUUGCCUGAGCCGGGAAGGGCUUUCCUGGUGCUUCCAGAGGCACCGUGGUGGGUGCAGGAUAUCAGGAAAACAUCUCCUGUGCCAUGGCCAAACUGGUGACACUCCUUUGUCCCAUGUCUUUGUGUGGCUCCUCAUGGUAAAUCCCUGAGGUAUUUUGGUACCAGAACAAGGUGUUUGUGACUUUUUUGGGAAGUGUCCUUAGGAGGGGCUGGAAUAUCUCACCUCAAAGAACUGGGAAGUCUCAAAUUUCUUCUAAGUGAUCCAGAGCCAGGGCCACCUUCCAGCGUGGGACUGGGCUCACACACAGGGUCACCAGCAUGGAAAACUGGGAGAAGAAAGAGGGAAAGGUCCAUUUGAAAUGACUUUUUAAACCUCCUUUUGAUGGACACAUUCCACACGGUACAUCCUGCAGCAAAGGUGGAUGUUUGGGACCAGGAACAGGCCCAUGAGCUGGGAAUGAGCUCCUGGGAAGGAACUGCUGUCUCCUCCAGCAUCCAGGGGAGACUGGCUCUGUUGCUAGCUGCUUCCUGGGGGGACCAGUUGAUUCUGUGGGAUGAUUUUGUCUCAUCCCACCUUGGGACACUCUGGGAAUCUCGUGGGUGACUCUGCUGUGAAGGAUGGGCCAAGCCACCACCUCAAUCCAGUUUCACACCCAGUUGAUUUGGGAGCUCCUUCUCCAUUAGGGCUCCUUCACCACGGCCCCAGUGUCACCCUCAUUUCUGUGUCACUCCCUGGAGCUGGCUUUGGACAGCCCCAGUGGCUCUGGGGGCAUUUCAGGGGGUCCCUCAGGGAGUUUUGUGCAGGUUUUGGCAGUGAAGAAUCUGCUCCCAGGUGCCCACAGAAGCCGAAAUAUUUAUUUAUAGCUUUCCUUGGAAAUCAGAAAAUGGAAAAACAAAACGGGGAGGCAGCUCCCCAGGGAACUAUUUCCAGGCAGCAGAUUGUGCCAGCUGCAGGUACAAGUAAAGCCCCAGUAACUGAGCCAUGGGAAUGCUGAGGAUCAGAGCGGGGUUUCGGGAUUUCAGACGGAUUAUCCGGCAUCCUCUCCGCCCCAACGCUGCCUCGCUGCUCCAGCUCGGUCUGCAUCACCUCCUUUGUGUGAUGGAGCAACCUGGAUUUUUGGGACACUCAGCACUUGGAUUUUUGGGACACUCAGUGCCUGGAUUUUUGGGACACCCAGCACCUGGAUUGUUGGGACACUCAGCACCUGGAUUGUUGGGACACUCAGCACCUGGAUUUUUGGGACACCCAGCACCUGGAUUGUCUCCAUAUCUCCGGGGGUUGGGAUUUUCCCACUUCCCUCGGGAGCACUGCCACACAUCCCUGCUCCACACCACGUCCCAUGGCCAAGCCCACAGCUACUCCCAUCCCUGAUCCCCAAAGAUUUUUUUUCCCCCAAAAUCCAUGCUGGAUCCAUACCCAUGGAAGAUGUAGUGCCUUAAGAGGCUGCAGGGCCUUUCUGGUGGUGGGAGGAGGCUCCUCUUGCUCAUUUUCCCCAGCAUUUAAUGAAUAUUGCUGGCAUGUUGCCAGGAUCCUGUUCGGAGUGGGAUAGGACAGAUGGGAUGGACGGGACAGAUGGACACACAGGGACACACAGAACUUGUAGGGGAUCUGUUUAGGGAGCAGUGGGAGUGGGAUGUACCCAGAGCCAGCAGCCUCUGGGGCUUUUUGGGCUCAAGGUUUGGAGAAGGCCUGGAUGUGGGAACAGUGGGAUGAAGGCUCAAGGACUGGAUGUCAUCCCAUGGCCCCUCAGGUUGGUGCUGGGAUGUUCAUAAUGGAUUCAGGAUGCUCCUCGCUAAUUCUGGUGACUGUUUUUUUUUCAAACCCAUCUGUUAUUACUCCAAACAGCUUUAAAAAAACAAAAAAGAAAGAAAAAAAAAAAAAAGCAGUGCCUUGGUACUUACCCUGGGGUUAAAUCAUCCCUGCAAUGGCAGCUUGGCAAUCCCAAGUUUCCCAAAUAUUUGGGUGCAUUUUUGUAGCCGUUUGCUUAUUUAAUAAAACCUCUGUUUUCCAGACAAA